AUGAUUACACAUUGGAUGGCGGCCGCAAAGACACCUGUAAACGUUCUUGUCCUGGUGACGGGUAGUAUUGCCGCUGUAAAAGUGGGCCUACUUUUAGACCAGCUCUUUAACGAAUCUUAUCAGGUUCGCAUUGCCGCUACCAAAAGCGCGUUUCACUUCUUGAAUCGAGCACAAAAACCUGCCCGAGAACUGCCUCUGCAUCACAUUCUCACGGACGAGGAUGAGUGGAGGGAAUGGCAAGGAAUGAAUGAUGCUGUUAUGCACAUUGAACUGCGGCGAUGGGCACACCUUGUCGUCAUUGCACCUUUGGACGCCAACAGUCUUGCAAAGCUCUCAAACGGUUUGUGCGACAACUUGGUCACUUGUGUUAUGCGAUCGUGGGAGGUGAAGAAGAAGCCGGUGAUUUUGUGUCCAUCAAUGAACACCGCCAUGUGGACACAUCCGGUGACGGCAAUGCAGCUAAAAACAUUACAGUCCUGGUAUGCUCUGACUCCUGUGGGACUGAGAGUGGACACUGACGAGACCGACGGCUACAUCACGGCGCUUCCCAGCAAUUUGGAUGAGGCGAUGUUUCAGAUCGUCUGGCCUGUGAGGAAACGUUUAGCAUGCGGUGAUGUGGGAAUUGGUGGAAUGGCCUCAGUGGAGGCGAUUGCCAGGGUAAUACGAAACACAGCAGAACUUAUUCGCGCCAAGAAUCCUAAUGCCACGACGAACGGAACAGCUUGCGAGGAAAAAAAACCGGGAGAACAGGCGCCGCUCUCGGGGGAGCAACAAGGCACCAGUGCAGAAGGUCAUCAGGUGAGUUCAUAA